AGUUUCUUCCAUCCAUAUAUUCAUAUAUCUCUUAAUGAAGUCCACAAAUAUGGCUUACUUAAUCCUCUCAACUGCCACCGUCCUCCUCUUCCUUUGUCUAUCUCCUCUGACCACCACCGCCGCUAACACGGCCGUCCUCGACAUCGAUGGCCACCCUCUUCAAGCCGGCACCAACUACAACGUCCUCCCAGUGAUCAGAGUCCCAUUAGGCGGAGGCCUAACUUUGGCGUCUAGAAACUCAUCAACUCAAUCAUGCCCACUCUACGUAGCUCAAGAUACAGCCGAACUCUCGAAAGGGAUACCUCUUAAAUUCUACCCUGUUAACCCAAAAGACAAAACAAUCCCUCUUACCACUGACCUCAACGUCGUGUUCGACGCCUCCACCACAUGUGUGCAAUCUACUCAAUGGAAAUUUACCAACGAUGAGGCGGAGGGAAGGCCGUACGUAGGCACAGGAGGAACAAUUGGAAAUCCAGGGGUACAAACACUUGGUAAUUGGUUUAAGAUAGAGAAGGCUGGAAGUGGCAAGUAUGAUUACAAGUUUGUGUUUUGUCCUGGUGUUUGUGACUUUUGUAGACCGUUUUGUGGGGAUGUUGGUGUUUUUCAACAGAGAAUUGGGACGAGGGUGUUGGGUAUAAAUACGGAUAAUAUGCCUCUUUUGGUUAACUUCAAGAAAGCUUGAAAUUUUAAUUUACGUACGUACUGGAAUUAUUAAUACUUCGUAUUAUAACAUCGUCUUAAAAUAGCUAGCUACUUUACCUAGCUCCAUUUUAGAGUACCGAUCACGUGUUACUCUAUACAAGAAGUAAUUGUUUAGAAUUGUC